AUGGCGGCCACUGCGAGGCUCCUGUCCAGGUUGACCCUGGUCACUGGUGGGGGCAGUGGGAUCGGGCGGGCGGUGUGUCAGCGUUUGGCCUCUGAAGGAGCUUCAGUGGUGGUCGCUGACAUCAGUGAGGAAUCGGCUAAUGAGACGAUGGGAAGUCUGAGGAAUAACUUGAGAGGGCAGGUCCACUUGGCGGCUGUGGUGGACGUGUCGUCAAAGGAGAGUGUAAAGAAGCUGGUGACGAGUAUACAGACUCGGUACUUCCAGCCCCCCUCGGUGUGUGUGACCGCAGCAGGCAUCACUCAGGACGACUUCCUGCUCAACAUGGAGGAGGAGAAGUUUGACCGAGUCGUCCAGGUCAACCUGAAGGGUUCAUUUUUAGUCACUCAGGCUGUGGCUCAGGCUCUGGUUUCCAGUGGAGCUCCUAAAGGAUCCAUCAUCACUGUGGGCAGCAUCUUAGGAAAGGUGGGAAACAUCGGGCAGGUGAACUACAGCGCUUCUAAAGCUGGAGUUGAAAGUUUAACCAGGACGGCCGCUAAAGAGCUCAGCAGGUACGGGAUCCGUUGUAACUGCGUGCUGCCUGGUUUCAUAUCGACUCCAAUGACGGAUCAAGUACCAGAGAAAGUUAUCAACAAGGUUUUACCUCUGGUGCCUCUGGGAAGAAUGGGUAAACCUGAAGAGGUGGCAGAUGUUUGUGCCUUCUUAGCUUCAGAUGAUUCUCAGUACAUCACAGGAGCCAGCAUCGAAGUGACGGGUGGACUUUUCAUGGGUUAAAACAGCCUCACGUUGCUCUGAUGAACCUCGGCUGGAGGCGGAUCUCAUAAUUAUGGCAAAAUAAUGCAAUUUAUCUGCAGGAGCUAUUUAAUGAAGAGGAUGCUAAAUCAUAUUUAGCUAAUCUUGUUAUGUACAUGUGUGUUUUUUACUAAUAAACACUUGAAUGGA